AUGGCUAACUCAACAUCACCUGUGCCGCCAGUCAGCGGUGGUGCUAAGGGAAGACGAAAGAUGCCCAACUCAAGGGGCCACCCUAAAUACGUAGGGGUACGACAGCGGCCGUCGGGGCGGUGGGUGGCGGAGAUCAAGGACUCGUUACAGAAGGUCCGUUUAUGGUUAGGGACAUUCGACACUGCCGAGGACGCUGCCCGGGCGUAUGACCAAGCUGCCCGAACUUUACGUGGAGAUAACGCGCGUACCAAUUUUGAGCUACCGAAUUCAAACGAUGUUCCGUGUGUGUCACUUGACACUGAGCCGUUUUCUUUUGAGGAGGCGUGUAGUUCAGACGGUGGCGAUGAAGGUCUUCUUGGUGUGCUCAAGGCGAAGCUUAGCUCAAAACAUACAAAAACGACUAAUGUGAUGUGUUUUAACACUACAAAAAAGAGAAAAGCAUCGCCACCACCACCAUCACCGCCUGAUCAGGCGGUGAAGUGUGGCGGAGGCAAGGUGGUGGUUGAUAUUUUGCCGCCUGAUCCAGAUCGUGUUUGUGAUGCAAUUGAGGUCGCGGGUCCUAACCACUACGACGGGUUGAUCCAACAAUGCUAUGAGCCGCUACCUCCAGCAACGGAGCCAUGGUCUAGUGAAAUUUCAUGGGUGGCGAGUAACCAAUCAAGUGGCUUGUUUGAGUCUAGUCUCAUGGAUUCCAUGUGGCCGGUGGUUUCAACCGAGGCUAACCAGUUAAUUGGAGCCGGGGUUUGGCCAUUGGAUCAACCGGUGGUGCAGUGUGAGUAUGGAUGGGAUGGUGGUGGUUUGAGUCAAUAUUCCACUAAUAGUGUUGCAAUCAAUGCUUCUAAUUGGGAUCCUUUCGUUUAUGUAAAUUCAGUUCUAGGUUGA